GUUUACACAGACUUGUCACAAAGUUAUUGGAAAGAAAAGACAAUUCGUUAUCCAUCCUGAGGGAGUUUUAUCCUCGUUGGCAAUUAAAACUCCCUAACACAAUAAUUCUAGUUAAGAGAUAUCGGACUUACAUUCGCGAAUCAUUAUUUUAUAAUUUUGUUUAAGGAGAGGAACGUGUUUUUUGUUUGAGUCAUUAAAAUCAUGGUGAUGAAAAGAAACAUUUUCAAAAUGUCUGAUUAUGUCCCAUUCUUUACAAACAAAAGUGGAUUUCCUAUUAAUGCAGAAACUUGGAAAUCAAUGUUUGAUUUCUGUUUAAAACAAAAUAGUGAUUGUAAAAAACAGAUCACUGAUCUAUAUGAAUCCUCUCAAGAAAACGUUACAUUAAAAAAACCUCUUCCUAUGUUUAGGGUGAAUAAGACUGAGACGGCGGAAAUUUUUUUAAAUAAAGUACAAAAUUACCUUAACAGUCUUGAAUACAAUUAUACUGGAAUGCAGUUCUUUCAAGUAAAUCGAGGUGCAUCUAUUAUUAGACUUGGGGAGCUUGUAAAAACGAUAAUGUUAGCUUCACUCCCAAUAAAAUGUCUAGAGGCAACCAUAUUAGCCAUUUUCCUUACACAAGGUCAAGAAUACCUAAAACGUUUUACAAUGUCCUUCGUUUCUGAAUUCAAUGGUAAUGUGUUUAGACACGUUGUGCUUGGAAUAUACUCAUCCAGUGGUUUAUUUGGUGCAUUGGGGUUGAGUCGACGAGAAAAUCUGAUGUAUAAACCGCUUAACUUUCCAAGUCUUUCUUUACUAAUAAAUAAUUAUACUGAAGCAUAUCAUGGUCAUUAUCACAAAUUAUUAAGAGUGAAAAUUGGUCUACCUAUCUCACAUCGACCUUACAUGUUGGAGAAAAUCCCUUGGAAGGGCGUCGUUAUUCCAUUUAACAAAGGAUAUACUAAAAAAGAUAUAAACAACAUUUUGGAUCAAUAUUCACGAUUUUUACGAGGCUCAAUUAAUGUGAUUGUUAAAAAGAGUCUACCAAAUAUAUCUUCAGAUUCAUUCAAAACAACAAAAAAACAACAAAAUCCUUCCUAUAGAAAAGUAAUACGUUUAAGUAUGGUUCGAAAUAAAUUAGACAAUAAAGUCUCAUCAUUGUUAUCAACUUCCAGUACCUGGAGAAGUGUUACAAAUUUACCAAUUAAUAAUUCAAAAAUGGGAAGGUAAUUCAAUAAUUUGUCAUUUUUUUUUAAUAAAGCCAAAACAGUAAUUGAGGCGGAAUGCUAUGAAUCCACUGUAUUUCAUAGCUUCUCAUCAGGUUCUUACAACCAUAUAUAUAUUAAAAUCAAUCACUGAUGUAUUAUAUAAUGUGAAAUUGACAUUGAUGCCGGAAAGAAUCAGGAUAACAAAAAUUAUCAGUAAUGAUCACGUAUAGAUUUAUAUGUGUAAGAAUAGGUUUAAAGUCAUUUGGAAAUAGAGUUCAAAAAGUAUAGAGAGGGGUGGGUGAGGUAGUAAUUAAUGGAAGUCCGUAAACAAGCAAGAUAGAUUGUGUGAUAAUUAUAAAGGUUGUGGAGAGUUCACAUAAGAUUACAAUAACUUGAAAAUAGAAAAGACAUUUAGUAACUAUGAUUCAAUUAAGAUUUCUUGUGGGACUUUUGGUUGUUUGGCGACUGCCUCUUCAUAGUUUCUGCCAGCAAAAUGGUUCUGCGGGUGGGUUUCGACGGAGUGCUAUACAUUACUAGUGUGGAUCUCCAGUAGUGCGGAUGUUGGUGCACAUCAUGGUUUCACCGUCAGCCGGGAUGAUGGAGAGGUAUUAUCCUUUCUUGUUCUGUUUGUAUAGGAAUAGCUCUGGCCGUCUUCCGGGGGAAGGGUGAGUAAACCCAAUCCACUUGCUAAGGUUGUUCAGAACGUCCUUGUUUCCAAGGGCUGGUUUAAUGUAAAUUUACAGGUAGAGGCAUACCUAUCCGAAACAGAUUGCCUGCACCAGUUAGGGUUCAUUUGGUUAGUUGGAGAACUUUCUUGGGAAACAUCCCUGAUUACUUACGAAGUAUGGGCCCAUGAGUGCAUUUAAGAAGUAAAUGUAAAAUAGUUUACGCCGAUUAGACUUGUAUUAGAUCGGAUCGGACAUGUUAUUCCCAUGCAUUUUCCUCUUCUUAUUGUCUUUAAAACAGACUAUUUAGAAAAGAUUAUACUUUGUCGUAUAGUUUCAUAAAGGCUGUGAAUAAGAUUAGCAGUAAAAUUCUCACUCCACCUAUGAGUAUAAUGAUGAACAUAUAUUUAAACCAGUAUGGGGAUUUGUGGUAUUUUUACGGCUUAAUUCACGAGUCGAUCAAAGCUAGACCACCAUUAAAAACCUGGAAGCAUUAGACGGACUUGUCCUAAUAUAGGACUCCUCAGCAGUGCGCAUCCACGAUCCUGCAUGCUGGACUCUAACCCACGAUCUUCGGUCUCACGCACACACAUUUAACCCUUAAACCAAUGAGUCGGCAUUCAACGAUGUUAAUGUCUAACAUCAAUCGAUCCAUAGUCUUGAGCAACUAUUUAUCUAUUGUCUGAGUUGGAUAACUGUCUCGCAUCCGACACGGAUUUGAGUGGUCACGGCUUAUCACUAGAACUCCAGGAGCUUCAUUCUAAAGCGAGUCACUAGUGAGCAUAUGACUAUUAUUAGUGUGGGGAUUUGUGAAAAUUGUAGGAUUUCCAUAGUUAAAUUCACGAGUUGAUCUAAGCUAGAGCACCACUGAAAAAUUUAUACGUAAAAAAGAAAUACUACGGUUAAUAAAAUCACACUUUUUUUUCUUUUAGAAGCCAGACAUCAAAAAACUCUUAUCAAGUACGAAUUUGACAGUCAAUUAUUUCUAUCAACAAAUGCGAAAUACUUUAUUAGUAUGUAUUACGAAAAUUUUGAUGUAUCUAUGGUCUGCUAUAUAUAUAAUACAUAUUAGGAAAGCAGACAGUUUUUGAUGAGUUAUUAAUUAAAUAAAUGAAUGUUAUAACACUGGAAGCUCUCAGAUCUUAGACAGGUUUACCCAAGUUUUUUAUUUGUAUUUUUGCGUGGUCUGUUUUGGUAUGUAAAACUGUUUGGUGAACUAAUCUGAGCAUAGAUGUUUAAAGAAACUGAAUUUGAUGCUACUAAGAAUAGUAUCUGUUUAAAUCUGGAAUCAAUAUUAUGACAUGAACAAUUAGCUGUUAAAAUAUCAUUUACACUGUUUUCAUGUAUUUUGUAAGUUUGUCAAG